AUGCGUUGGCUGGAAGAGUCGUUGACCUACUUUGAUUGGACGAAACUCGCGUCAAAGUCGCCACGCGCUCCACGGACGGUAGUCGGCGCCGCUACGGUGUACCGUGUUGUCGGCCUUAACGCUACAUUUGACUGCCCCCGUACGGUCGUCGUCGCCCAUAACAACCGAAACCACCGUCCCAAAACACCUGGCCUGCUGCGGCCCGCGUGUUGUGGCCGCGCGGUUGCACAAUGUCGAUCGGCUUCAGCGCACGCUGGCGUGGGAAGUUUGCAGUUUAAGGUGGAACUUGUCCCCGGACGGAUUGGACUGUGGACACGCAAUUGCAAUUGCUACGCAAUGGCCGCCGUGGAAGUGGUUCCGAUUGCGGCUGCUGCUGUCGGCGAUGAGGGCAAGGAGCUGAACGGUAUCGUGUUCGAGUCCUUCAGUCACACUGGAACGAUUCUGAAGGGCUUGAACGAGCUGCGGCUCAAGGGAGUGCUGGUGGACGUGACGCUACGAACGGAAGGAAAGGUCUUUCGGGCUCACCGUGCCGUCCUGUCCGCGUGCAGCGAGUACUUCCGGGCGAUGUUCUCGGAUCACACGCGCGAGUCCCGUCUUAGCGAGAUAAACCUCCGGAACAUUUCUCCGCUCGGCAUCGAACUCCUGCUGGACUACAUCUACACCGCCAAGUUGUCGCUCAAUUUGGCUAAUAUUCAGGAAGUCCUGUCGGCGGCCAGCUACAUCCAGCUGGAAUCGGUGGUGGAGGCUUGCCUCAACUAUUUGGACCAGCAGCUCGAUCUGGACAACUACAUCGACGUGCUGAUCAUCUCCGAAAUGUACUCGCUGAAACGGCUCAACCACAAGGUUUACCGAUUCAUCUGCCAUCAUUUGAACGUGAUCAGCAAGUCGCAGGAGUUCUUCCGGCUGAGCGAGCGCCAAAUCGAGCUGAUUUUGGCCGGGGACUAUCCGGUGACCUGUACGGAGAUCGAAGUGCUGGGAAUUCUACUGCGCUGGAUUCAGGCCAACUGUGACGAGCCACCGGUUACGGACAGCGGAGGACAGGCCAACUAUCGGCAGUUGAUUCGGAACAACAUCCGGUUUAUGGACAUUUCGCUGCAAGAGCUGUACAAUCUGCUCUGCUCGGAGGAGUUCCAAUUUCGGUGGAUCGACAGAUACGAACUGUACGACUUUAUCAUGAAGAUCGGCGACCAGCAAUGCAUCAAGUACAAGAUAUCCCCGCUGAAUAAGAUUCAGAACUAUCGCGGGCUGGAGCUAGCGAUCAUCAAGAUCGGUGGAUUCGACCUGUCUGGAAUUACAAAUGAGAUUACUUACUGCUUCCCUGGCGACGGAGUAGCGCAGCACCCGCCAGCGACAUCGCUCGGAAAGGUGAAGCUUGUGCGCAACCAAUCGGUUGGCGAAGGUUGCAGCGGCAAGAUCAAGAUCAGCUACGUAGAUCGCCAGGUCAAGCCGAAGCGGAAGGACGUCAAGCUGAACGGCAAGUGGCGCUACCUGACGACGAUUCCGCACAUCAAGCAGAGCAACUUCGGAGUGGUCGUGCUGAACAACGCGCUGUACGUGAUCGGCGGCUGUUACGACAUCUCGCUCGAGGAGUACAUCCAUCCGUUCGGCUUUCGGUACUGCCCGAUCAAGAACAAGUGGGAGACGAUCGCACCGCUGCAGCAGGACCGGUGUCGGUUCUCACUGAACGUCGUCGGUCACAGUCUGAUCGCAGUCGGUGGCAACAGCGAGAUGGACGACGACGGAGAUCGGUCGGUGUCGACGUGUGAGCAGUACGAUCCCAUUGCGGACAAGUGGGUCUAUAUCGAGUCCCUGCCCGAGUAUCGGACCCAGCAUGCUGGUGCUGCCUUCGGUGCCACUCUGUACGUUUCCGGAGGGUUAGACUUGUACGGUGCGGUCCUUGGUUCGCUCUGGAGCUACUACAGUUUCAACGAAAAGUGGGAGAAACUCCCAAAUAUGCUGCACCCUCGCGCGGAUCACGUAAUGUUCACGAUCAACCGGAAGCUGUACGUGUGCGGCGGUUGGUACGAAGUCAACGGCCAGCGCGUCCUCGCCGACAGCAUCGACUGCUACGACCUGUUCAGCAAGUCCCCGACCUGGCACACCGUCACCAAGAUCCCGACUCCCAAAUACCACGCCGGGAUCGUAGCGGUUCAAGAGAAGAUCUACAUCAUCGGUGGGUUCUGCUCGGAUGACAUCUUCCGCCAUACGGCGGCCAGUGUGGAGUGUUACGACGUGGCCGAGGACCGGUGGCACAACCUGCGGAAGUACCCGAAGAACAUCUGGGAGCACACGUGCGCGAAUUUAUACAUUCCCAAGUAUCGGGACGAUAUGGAGGUGAUCGAUGACGGGGGGAAUGAUGACGAAGGCGAUGGUGGUGACGAGAGCAGUAAGGACGGAAAUGGGUUUGAUCGGGGUGGAAGUGAUGAAGAAGAGGAGGAGGAAGAGGAUGAUGAUGACGACGACGACAGUGAUAAUGCUAGCAGUACUGCCAUUUGAAUGCGAUUUAUUUCUAGAGAUGCUCUCUGCACUUUUAGACUUUUUAGCUGUUAAGAAGUAUUUAUUUAUUAUUAAAUAACAUUUUGUUAGAUAGAA